AUGAAUGAUUUGGUUGAAUUUCAAAGACAAGUAAAGAAUUUCAUUGAUCAGUUAAACUCCUAAUAUUUAUAAUAGUCAGCUCCUCAGCAAUAAAGAUAGGAGCUAUUUGACUAUUUAUUGAAGUACUAAAAUAAACUAAUCAGUGUUAUAACGAAAGUGUAAUAAUCAGUUCAUCAAAAAUAAACUAAUCCAGUGAGAAAGUCUAUGAAUCAUAGUAAAAAUAGAUAAGAAUAAUUCUAAGAUCCCUAAAUAAUCUAGAAUUAAUAAUCACUUGAAAGGCGUCAAUAGCACUUUGCAAGUAUCUAGCCAUUAUCAGAUAGGCAAAAAUCAAACAAUUCAAAGAAUAAAGGUAGGGAAAUUUCUAAAUCAAGCAAGCAAGCUGCACCUGAUAUUAAAUUAGACUAAGAUUAUUAAUAAUAAAACCUACAUUUACAAGUUCCAAAACAUGUGUAAAACCAAAGUAUUCAGAAAUUUCAGUUAAAUGUACCAAUAAUAUCCAAUAAUGUCGAAAAUCGGUAAAUAAGACAUUCGUCACAUGUACCAUUACCACAAUCUUUUAGAAAUAAUAGAAAUUCAUUCAAUAAUAAGAGAAAUAAAUAGGAAUCUGAGCCCCUCUAAUAUGAAGACAUUCAAUUGAAGGAAUUCAAAACAAAUGUAAAGACAAGAAAUCAAAUGAAUUUAGUUGAUAAUUAAGGAAAGUAACCUAAUUCUUAUUAAACUAGGAAUAUAUCUGACUAUAACAGGCUGAAUACUGAAAUGAGCAGUACUAAUACUUAUAAAUUAGUUUCCCCUCUAUCUGUAGACGACCAAAAUUUGAUUCCACAGAAAUCAAAUUCGAAAUCUAAAAACAUUAUCCAUGUUAGUAGUUUCAAUGAAAGAUAAGACACAGAUGAAAAAUCUAUAAAUUUUUACAAUAAAAAAUAGCACACUUAAUAAUUGCCUUUGUAAAUGAAUUUUACUGGAAACUAAAGAAGCUUAAAUUCAACUAGUCAAGCUAGGUCUCAUAAGAUUUAAGAGCAGUAUGAGUAAUACCAAAGAGAUACUCAAAAAAUUUAAAUUGAAGUAGAAAAGGAGAAAAUAUUUCUACAAAAUCAACUCAUUAACACUGAUAUCAAAUCUCAGGAAAGAGAUAGUGAAAGAAGAGAUAGACAGAGAACAAUUAGUAAUGAUAGCUAUCAGCAGUUUGUUGAUCUAAAGAAUAUUGUACAUCAAUAAGCUAUUCAACUGAAUCAAAAAGAAGUUCACUAUAAAUUAAAGAUGAAAGAGUAUAAAGAUAGAUAUAAAGGUAAGAUAACUGAAUAUAAGAAAUAUAUUGAAAAACUGAAGGUCUAGCUAAAUGACUCAAAGAAACAAAUUGAAAUUGAGAGGUAGUAAAACUAAAAUAUAAAUUUUAUGCCUUUAGACAAUCAUAAAUUUUACGAUUCAUUGAUUUAAGCAUUAGAUUCAGAGUUAGAGUAUGAUGACCCAGAUAUUGAACAUAAAAUAUUAUUUGACUUGAGAAAAUUUACUGAUAAAUUAUAAAUUCAAAGUCAAGCCAUUAUUUAAUAUGAGAAGAUAUUAGAAGAUAGUAGAGAUGACAUAAAGAGACUUGAAGAUUAGGUGUAAGUUUUGAAAAAGGCUAAGAACUAAGAGAAUGAAAAAUAAAAACAAAUCAUUUAAUAUCAGAUUUAAUCCUAAAAAUUUGAAAGGUAAAAACUAAGUCAAAAAACAUUGGACAUUACACAAAGGUUUGAUAAACUCAAAAAUGAGAUAAAGAAAGUAUAGGCGAAGAGAAUGGAAAAAACCAUGAUUGAUCUACCUAAAAGCAUCUCUAAUUCACCAAUAGUUGAAAAUAGAAUAAAGCAGCUAGAAUAAAAAGAGAGAGAACUCUAAGAUAGAGAAGAUUAAAUUAAAAGAGUUGAGGCUGAAUAAAAGUUCUUAAUGAUAGAUCAGUAUUAGAAGAGUAUUGAAAAAUAGAAAGAGGAAAUUCAAAGACUGACGGUAGAAACAUAGAGAUUGAAUAUAAAUUAAGAAGAGGAAAGUGUUAUUUAAAAUCUUAAAGAAAAAUUUGAUUAAAUCCAAGGAAAGUUAGAACAUAAAAAUCUUGGAGAAUCUACAGAGCUUAAAAGAGACAUAGAUCUUAUAAAACGGUAAUUGCUAGAGUUAAAUGAAAUGUCAAAGCAGCAAUAACAACAGUAAAGUCCAAUUUAAGUAAGAAGAAUGUAGGAUAGGAUGAAUAGUCAUAACUCAAGAUUAAGUACAGAUAGAUAAUCAAUAGAGGAACAAAUCAAGACUAGAGGAUUUAAAUUAGGGAUGAAUGCUAGAUUAAGUUAAAAUGGAUACCCUGUGGAUUCAUCAGCUUGUUUUGAUUCUUUGCAUGAUGUGUGUAAUCAUCAAAUAGACGAACUUAAAAAGACUUUGAAGCACUUAUCUCAAGAAAGAGAUCAACUAAUUGAUUAACUAGAGGAAUCAAGAGAUAUGUACUAGCAAGCUUUGAAUGAGAAAAUGGAAUUAGAGAUUCACUACAACUCUAAGCAAAAUGAAGUGGCUUACUUGCAUAAGUAUUUAGAUGAAUCUGAGUAGGAAAUAAGAUCUUUGAAAUAAGCCUUGGAGGAUCAGUUUAAUCAAAUGAAAAUAGAAAUUGAUUCACUUGAGUAAAAAUUAAAGAAGAGUAAGGACAAAAAGAAAGCAAUAGAAGAAAAGAUGGAGCUUAAAGAACUGUAGCAAUAAUAAUUGUUGUUGAUGUCAAGUAAAGAGAAUUCGAGUUUUUAUAUGGGCGGAUUAAUUGGUACUCCAGGUGCUCAUUUGAGUCAUAAUCAAUCUAUUUCACAUGAUAAUACAUCAUAAAAUUAUAGAAGAUAUUAAGUUGAUAAUCUAACUGAUAGACCAUAGAAAAACCCAGAUUAAAUGAGCAGAUCUAAUAGUAGAAAUAAGCAUUAAGGCAUGAAUCCUUCAAACUCGAACACUAACAUUAUUGCAGUAAUAAAUAUAGGAAGUGAUUAAAUGCUAUCUCCAGUCAGUGCUAAUAGAAAUAAUACAAAUUAGAGUUCUUAAAGUUAACUUGCAUAGGUAAAUCAACUAAAAAUUAUUGAAAAUUAGCAAUAAUUAUAAAAUGCUGCUAGUCCGAAUAAUACAGUUUAAGGAUCUAGUAAAAGUUAAAAAUCAAAACCUAUCAGACCAAUUUAAAUCUAAGUUCCUAAAGACGAUGAGUAAUUACCUUAAAGAAUUCACUAAAAUCAAUUUAAAGAAUCUUUGCUAGAGCAAGCAGAAAAUGAUCAGCAUUACUAAUUUAUAAAUAAUUAGAUCAAUCCAAACUAAAAUAAUUCUCUUGACUAUGAUGAUGAUAUAAUGGAUGGAAUCUCUGCCUCUACAGAUCAGUAAUAAAAAAGCGGAGAUUUUAGGAAGAUGUCCAGUGUUAAUAACUCUCUUGAGUAGUUGUAAAAUCAAAAUCAAGCUCAUGAAAGUAAUGAUAGAAAAAUAAUAAAGUACGAGGAAAUGCACUUCUAAAGUUAAAGUAAUCACUAGGUUAUGAGCAUCAAUCAGCAUAGAGAUUCAAAUGUAACAUCUUAGCUAUUUGAAAACAACUAGGCUAUACUUACCCCAAAUUCUUACUUAAUGCUAAAUUUCAAAAAUGAAAAUAUGUUUGAUCUUUAAUAGAAUGAUAUAGACAUUGGAAAUACAUUCAGACCACAGCCAUCUACAACUUCUCUUCAAAAUAAAACUAAAAAAAUUGACCUUGGGGAGAUGUAGAGCAACAAAAGUGAAAAUAAGCCACAAACUAAGCCAAACUAUCUAAUGUUUGAGGAUCAAGAAUAUGAGUAAAGUUAAAAAUAGCAAGAGGGAGCAAGCUAUAAGCAAGAUUAAAAUAACUAAAAUGAUGAUGAAAAUUGCAAUUAAGAGAAUGAAGCACUUUAAGCUGAUAAUUUAGAUGAUUCUUUCCAAUUUUAAUGA